AUGGCUCCGCGCGUCGCUGGCAAGCGGCAGAAGCAGGAGCGAGCGGCAAGGGCGGCGGACGACGCGGAGAAGGCGAAGGAGCUAGAGACCAUUUUGUUCGGCAAGUCAAGCGAUUACGUGGCAGACCUCGGAAAUGAGCUGGCAGCGGGAGCGGUGGACAGCGAAGCUGCCGCGGACCUUCCGCCGAGCAGCGAGGAUCUGAUCACCGCGCAUUUUGGCGGAGAACCCGGCGGAGAAGGCGGGGACGCGGAGGGUUUGGUAGGGGGCGAGGUUCUGCUGGGGUUUAUCGACCGCAAGAAGCAGCGAGUGGAGGAGGAGGGGAAGGGUUCAAAGGGGAAGAAGCGCAAGGGGAAGGGUUUAGGCGAGGCGGAGGCGGAGAAACCCGCGUGGGUGGACGAGGAGGAUGAGACGCUGGUUGUGACUAUAGCGGGGCAGAAUCGGCUGAGGAAGCUGCGGAAGGAGGAGGACGAGGUGGCUGUAUCGGGCGUGGAGUACCAGCAGCGGUUGCGUGCGCAACACGCUAGGUUGAACCCGGGAACGCGGUGGGCCAAGGUAGGGUUGGGGAAGCAGCAGAAGGAGAAGAAAGAGAAGAAGGAAAAACCGGUUACGAGGAAGGAGAAGCGGGAUGAUUCUGUUAAAGAGAAGCGUUCUAACGAGGAUGCUGAGAGCGAGGAGGAAGAUGAGGCGGAUGCAGGGGAGUUAUCAGAUGGGGAACGGGGGGGGGUAUUCAGCGAUCUGGAGCAAGAGAGAGCUGCUAUGGGGGUGGGUGAGGAGGAGGAUGAGGAGGGAGAGAGUGAGGGAGACGAGGAUCAGGACGGAUUUGAUGCUGAUGAGAUUCUCCGAAACAUGCCAAUGCUUGCCGGCCAGAGCAAGGACCGAGCCAGCCAGCGCACCACCCACCGCCUGCCGCCCGGGCGAAUCCGAAUCUCCCGUGUGCGCGACGCCAACUGGCAGGCCCCCACUGGCGCCAGCGCCGUCACCCCCGUCGCGCCGUCCCGCGCGAUCCAGUCGCUGAGCUGGCACCCGAACGGGCAGCUGCUGCUGUGCGGGAGCAUAGAUGGACGGGUGAGAUUCGUCCACGUGGACGGUGAGGAGAACCCUGAGUUGCAAUCCAUCUACUUUGAAAACGUUCUCGUGCGCACCGCUGCUUUCACUGCUGACGGCACCCAGGUGGUUGUAGCGGGGCGUAACGGCCGUAACGCCAACCGCGGUUACGCGACCGGGGAGGCGUUUAACGGUUACCACGUGUACGACAUCGGCGCGGGGAGAGUCGCCCGCGUGGAUGGAAUAAUCGGGCGGCCCAAGCGCGACCCGCCGCUGACCCGGUUCGCCCUGUCCCCGGACGGAGGCAAGGCGGCGUUCCUGUCUCGCGACGGGUUCAUCGUUCUCGUGUCACUCAAGUCCCGCCAGUGGAUGGGCAACCUCAAACUCAACGGCUCCGUCUCCUCUGUCUGCUUCGCACCCCCUGUUCCCUCCGACGCUGCUGCCGGCACUGACGGGUCGGAUGGUCCGAGCGGGCAAGCGCUGACAGGGGAGCAUCAGAUGCUGGCCACGGGGAGUGACGGGGAGGUGUACCACUUUGAUCUGCGCAUGAUGCGCUGCAUUCACAGGCGGGCGGACGACGGCUGUGUGAAGGGCACCGCCAUUGCAGCGUCUCCAGACGGGCGGCACUUUGCAGCUGGAUCUGACUCAGGAGUGGUGAACCUCUAUGACCGCCCGGCCUUCCUCCGCUCAGGACCCUUUGGAAGCAUAUCAUCAGCAGAAGCAGCAGUGGGAUCGGGAGGCUUGAGCCGGGACAGCGAGAAGCCGCUGCAGCGUGCAUUCAUGAACCUGACAACGGAGAUAGACGCGCUCUCAUUCAACCACGACGGCCGCAUUCUCGCCCUCUCGUCCCGCGAGCAGCGCGACUCGCUUCGCUUGGUGCACGUGCCGUCGCGCUCCGUGUUCUUCAACUGGCCAACUGAACGCACGGCGCUGCAGUUUGUGCACGCAGUGGAGUUCAGCCCGCACAGUGGGUACCUGGCUGUGGGGAACCGGCGGGGGAAGUAUGUGCACGCGGAUGAUUUCAGCCCUCACAGCGGGUACCUGGCUGUUGGGAACCGGCGGGGGAUGGUGCUGCUGUUCCAAUUGAGGCACUAUGAGAGGGCUGAGUUGCUGCUGCCGAGAGAGAAGGGUCCACUGUGCUGCAGUUAG